AUGGCUUUUCAUGUGAAAUGCUCUGUACAGAGGAGGCCUUCUCUCUUCCAAAACAUUGAUCGUUUUAAGACUAGUUUGUCUUCAUCUUACAAGCCAUUAUUGAAAGAGUUGAAGCAACUUUCCUUGCAACUUGAAGUUUCCCAAAUUAUGAAAAAUGCUUCAGUCAAACUUUUGGAUGCCUUCGUCGAUUCGGUGUUCCAGUUUGCUGACCAGCCCACUCUUCCUUCUCAGAGUAACUUUGCACCAGUUGAUGAAUUGAAUGAACCUUUUGUUAUAACCAGCAUCGAAGGCAAAAUCCCAGAUGAUUUUCCAGAAGGUGUCUACAUAAGAAAUGGAGCAAAUCCACUAUUUGGUGGUCUAAAAUCUACGACCUCCAUGUUUGGGAAGACAGGUCACAUAUGGAUAGAAGGAGAAGGAAUGCUUCAUGCUUUAUACUUUGAUAAAGAAAGUGGCAUUGGAAGCUGGACGGUCCUUUAUAACAGCAGACAUGUUGAAACCGAAACCUUCAAAGUGGAGAAAAAAAGAAACAAGCCAUCUUUUCUUCCAGCCAUAGAAGGCAGUUCUCCAGCCAUUUUGAUAGCUUGCUUGUUAAAUAUGCUGCGAUUUGGAAAGGUCAACAAAGACCUUAGCAACACCAAUGUUUUUGAGCAUUCGGGGAAGUUCUACUCAAUUGCUGAAAAUCACCUUCCGCAAGAGAUUGACAUCUUUUCCCUUCAGACUCUAGGCGAUUGGGAUAUCAAUGGAGCCUGGCAUCGACCUUUCAACUCCCACCCAAAGACAGCACCAGGUACUGGAGAGUUGGUUGUAUUUGGGGUGGAUGCAAUAAAACCUUACAUGGAAGUGGGAGUCGUUUCUGCUGAUGGAAAGAGACUAGUUCACAAGGUUGAUCUCAAGCUGAACAGGUGCCCCCUUAGUCAUGACAUGGGGGUUACGGAGAGGUAUAAUGUAAUCAUGGAUUUUCCACUAACAAUAGACUUACACAGACUCAUCAAAGGCGGCCCAUUAAUAAAGUUUGAUAACGAAGAUUAUGCAAGAAUUGGGAUUAUGCCCCGGUAUGGUGAUGUGGACUCGGUUCGUUGGUUUGAGGUGGAACCAAAUUGCACAUUUCACAUUCUUAAUUGUUUUGAGGAAGGAGUUGAGGUUGUAGUGAGGGGAUGCAGGUCCCUUGAAUCAAUUAUAUCAAAAUCUUACGGUAUGGAUUUGGAAGAAUCUGAGUGGGUUUCAGGAAGACUAAGGAGUAAAGAACAUGCUGAGCAGAAUACUACACCUUCGUCGAACGAUGAAUUAUUGUUCAGUCGAUCUUAUGAAUGGAGAUUAAACAUGGAAACCGGAGAGGUUAAGGAGAGAAACCUCACUGGAACUGACCUUUGUAUGGAGUUUCCUAUGAUCAAUCCAAGUCUCAAUGGCUUAAAAAAUAAAUUUGGCUACACCCAGAUAGUCCAUGAACCGGCAAGUAGUUCAUCAGGCAUGCCAAAAUUUGGAGGUCUAGCCAAGUUGUACUUCGAUGAAACUUCGAGUAAGCAAUCGGAAGGGCAUAUAAAGGUGGAAUACCAUGAAUUCGAGGGAAACACCUUCUGCACUGGAUCUGCCUUUGUCCCUAAAGAAGGUGGUCUAGAAGAAGAUGAUGGCUGGAUCAUCACUUUUGUUCAUGAUGAAGACACGAAUACAUCCAAAGUUUACAUAAUUGACACAAAGAACUUCACAAGUGAGCCUGUUGCCAAAAUUACAUUGCCAUACAGAGUCCCAUAUGGAUUUCAUGGAGCAUUUAUGCCAAUUCCAUCGCACAAUGAACUGUACAACACAAGCCACAUUAACUUUGUGGAGAAAUUAACCGACUUGACCAGAACCUUGGAUGCAAUUAAGUUUAAAGGAUUUUAGAGUA